AUGGGUCAAUCAGCAAGUGCUGUUCAUUCAACAAACGAAACUACCAAUAUCCAUAAAACUCAUUCACCACCUGUUUCUCCUCAUUCCGAUCCAAUUUCUGAGCUCUAUCAAGCCGGAAAAACAAACAUACUCUUUCACCAGUCCAAUGAUGAUGACCCUAGAGAAAUUGGCAAGAAAUCAAAGAAAUCAAAACGAGAGAGUUCAAGCUCUACCAGUACAACCCUUGAAUCCAACCAUAACAACAGCAAUAACAAAGGAUAUAUAUCAAGACUCUUGCAUUCAACUUCGGAAUCGGAGAGCACAAGCCUUCAUUCCCUACUCGCAGAUGAAGAUGAGGACGACUCUCAGGAAGAGGAACAAGCUCAUCAUCACCGUUCCGAAGUAACCACGAAGAGGUGGCUCUUAUCAUCAACGUAUGAAGGAGAACAAGUUAUGAGCACACACGAGCACAAUUGUCUCUUGUGUGCCCCAAAUACAUUCAAACAAAUGAUGAUGAAUACCCAAAAUGGAAGUACACAAAUUCGCUCGAAAAUUGUGGAAACCAUUAUUCUCAUGGCUUGCACAGAUUUGUGGAAUGAUUGUUGCAAAUUGAGAUUGGUGUGUAAAUUAUUUAAUCAAGUCAUUGAGGAGCAUUUAAAUUUUGUGGCAUUUCAAUUCAAUCACAAGUCUUUGUUCAUGGAAGAUGAUAAUUCUGAAGAAACAGAGAAUGCUCAUCAGUGUUCAGAACGAAACACAUUUUGUCACAAGUUGAAAAUUUCAAGAAAGGUUCUUUCGUAUUGUGUCAUGAACACAAAACAACAUCAAGAUCAAAUUCCAAAAUUUUUAUCAAACACACAACAAAUUCAUUAUUGUUUCAAUAUGAAUGACACAGAAUGUAAAGUCAAGUUGACCAAUCCUUUGAUUCAAUCAUGUGCUUUAGAGGGAGCUAAGAAUGGGAAUAACAAACGUUUGUUAUUCUUGCAAGAAUUGGAAUUUUUCAUAGAAAUUUCCCAAACGGCUCCACAUAAUUUCAGUAUUAUUGCUGUGAGCAGAGAAACAUCCAGUUACGAAGAAUGUUUGUUCAGUUUUCAUACUUGGAUAUCAAUUACGAAUUCGCAAAGAAGCGAAUCAUCGAAUGGACUCCUUUCAAAAACCAGAUUAUAUCCCCAUCACAAAAAGAUGUUUUUUGAGAGUCCCACAAAAACAUCUGCUCAACCCUCCAAUAUGCCUAUGAAUCUGAAUUUUGAUUUGACCAAAGGAAGAUAUUUACUCAAGUUCCAACUGUCUAAAAACAAUUCAAUGAUUCAAGUGAAAGUGAUUGAUAUCGAACGCCAAAUAGUACAUUAUGAACUUGAAGAAAUGCCACUCAUGCCCUAUACUUCAACUACAGAGCAUUCUUCUCCGACCAAUCACUCCCGUGCCAUCCAACAACUUACCUCUCCGCUCAUGAUUGAUCAUUUUCUGAUCAUUACUUCCUCCUCUGACCGCAAUAUUUGUAAACGUGCUACCUUAUCCACCUCAAUCAUAGAUUCUGGUGCAUGA